AUGUCACCAAGUAGAUCGAAUGGGAUUUCGUGCAAACAGAUCGAAAUCCUCGUUUCUACUUUCUCUCCUGCGGGGGGUUGGACGUUCCUCGGAAUUGCAGCAGGGAACGUUGCAGCUGGUGUUCAAGCAAAGAAUGAUUCUCCAUUGCCCCAUCUAGACCCACCUAUUACUUACACAUAUGCGCUAUGUUUGAAAGAUAUUGAAGUCUGCAACUCUGGAACUCAGGAACUCUGCAACAAUGGUGAAGUGGGUGCUGACCACAUGGACGGGUGCCUUUCCUUCGCAGAUAUAAGGAGGCGAAGUACCAUUGACAAUAGUUGUAGGAGACUACUAAACUUUACCGGGCUUUCAUAUCUUAUGGCUAAUAAACCUCCAUAA